AUGAUGGACCUUUUCGAAACUGGUUCCUAUUUCUUCUAUUUGGACGGGGAAAAUGUGACCCUGCAGCCCUUGGAAGUGGCCGAAGGCUCUCCCUUGUACCCGGGCAGUGAGGGUACCCUGUCUCCCUGCCAGGACCAAAUGCCCCCAGAAGCUGGGAGCGACAGUAGUGGGGAGGAACAUGUCCUGGCGCCCCCCAGCCUACAGCCACCCCAUUGCCCAGGCCAGUGUCUCAUCUGGGCUUGCAAGACCUGCAAGAGGAAAUCUGCCCCUACGGACAGACGCAAAGCGGCCACCCUGCGAGAGAGACGACGGCUGAAGAAAAUCAACGAGGCCUUCGAGGCUCUGAAGCGCAGGACUGUGGCCAAUCCCAGCCAAAGGCUGCCGAAAGUGGAGAUUCUGCGGAGUGCCAUAAGCUACAUUGAGCGGCUGCAGGGCCUGCUGCAGCGGCUGGACCAGCAGGAGAAGGGGCCUGAGCCGGGCGUCGACGCCUUCAGCUACACACCCAAGCAGGAGCAGCUAGAGCGCGCGGAUUUCCUGAGCCCCUGCAGCGCCCAAUGGCCAAGCAUUUCGGACCAUUCCAGGGGGCUCGUGCUCAGCGCCAAGGAAGGAGGGCCGGUCGUGGACCCCUCGGCCCCCAGUAGCCUGCGCUGCCUGUCCUCCAUCGUGGAUAGCAUCUCCUCCGAGGACCGCGCACCCACCUGCACCGAGGACGCGGUGGAGAAGUGA